GAGAAAGUUCAAAAAUAAGUAACCGUUAACACUUGGCAACAUUACGCUUGCGCAUCAAAUGAUCAACAGUUAGUUUAAUUUAACGUAUCUCACUUUCACCAUUGCUGCACUUCUUUGCAGAAACAGCACAGGACAGACAUAUGAAACUGAUUCCUGCGUACUCCACAGCAGUUCAACUCGAUUUGAACGAACACGGAGGUAUGUAUCACUGUCAGUCAACCUCACGCAGAAGUUUCCAGUAAAACCACAUUUCCCACAAUGCACCGCAUGUUCUGGUGACAUCCACGCUACGAUGAGGUGAAGCAAAGCGGUUGUUUUCGUCUCGAUGGUUGCGAUUAGCUGCCUGUAAAUCGAGUUAUAUCAGCUGCAGUAUCAGAAUUGGUCUGGUCUGUCUUUGGUCCGUAGGGAAUCCGUUCUCCUCUGCAAUUACUGCCAGACUGAGGGUUUCAUUCCCCGCGACGUUUUUGGUGAGUUUAUCGCCAUGUUAUCAUCUGUUCCCACCAGGCUACUUGCGCGAAGGUCGCGCAGCCUGUCACCGUGUAGCCGUGUACUCCAGACCAGCACAAGCGGGGCCACAUGCCAAGGCCACCGCGAUACACCGUCGGAGACCAAUCGCAACCCCAUCGUGUCUACCUCCCGGGUCUCCAGAAGGGGAAUUUUGACUGAGGAGGCGACCGGUACCAGUAUGAACCCCUCGGUGCAAUACCACCACCUUGCCCCUAGAUGGCUGUCCAACCUCGAGAACCGUCGCAGUUCCUGGGCGGCUCUGGCCAGUAGAGGGCGCAACAAUAACCGAUAUUGGGAGGAGAGCGGCGGAGGCGAGGGCCGUGGAGCAGGUGGAGGAUCCAGCCGGGCGGGGUUGGCCUCUGCUGGUGUGCUGUCUGCUGCAGCCGUGGCCUUCUGCCUGAAGAAAGAUUCUGAUAACAAAGGUGAUGCUCUUCUGGAGGCAGCAAGGACCAAUAACUCUCAAGAUGUAGCCAGGCUGUUAAAAGAGGGUGUCGACCCGAAUCACCGCCACCGCUUAGGCUGGACUGCUCUCAUGGUGGCUGCCAUGAACCGACAGCACAGUGUGGUUAAGGUUCUGCUUGAAGCUGGUGCAGACCCAAACGCCGGAGACCACUUCAACAACGUUUACGACACGUCACGAGAAAAAGGCAUCCACUCCCUGGAAGUCCUCGUGUCCAGAGAGGAUGAAUUCAGCAGCAGGCUCAGCAGCAGGGCUGGCUUCCGCGGCUGCACGGCUCUUCACUACGCCACGCUGGCUGAUGACCCCCGCACCGUCCGCAUGCUGCUGGAGGCUGGUGCCAACCCCCUGCAGACCAAUGGUCUGGGACACACAGCACGGGCCUACGCUAAGGAGGGAGAUGUGAGCGCGGUGCUGCAGGAGUGGGAGGGCAAGUUCCAGGAGGCGCAGGCUCGGCGGGAGGCGGAGGAGAGGAGGAGAUUCCCCCUAGAGAGGAGGCUGAAAGAGCACAUCAUCGGACAGGAGGGGGCCAUAAAUACUGUGGCCUCAGCCAUAAGGAGGAAGGAGAAUGGUUGGUACGACGAAGAGCAUCCACUCGUCUUCCUCUUCCUCGGCUCAUCUGGAAUUGGAAAGACAGAGUUGGCCAAACAGGUGGCUCGCUACAUGCACAAGGACAUCAAAAAGGGUUUCAUCCGUAUGGACAUGUCUGAGUUCCAGGAGAAACAUGAGGUGGCCAAGUUCAUCGGCUCCCCACCAGGAUACGUGGGACAUGAGGAAGGGGGUCAGCUGACGAAGCUGUUGAAGGCGUGUCCCAACGCUGUUGUCCUGUUUGAUGAAGUAGACAAGGCCCACCCAGAUGUUCUUACCAUCAUGCUGCAGCUCUUCGAUGAGGGUCGCCUCACAGACGGCAAGGGGAAGACCAUUGAAUGUAAAGAUGCCAUCUUCAUCAUGACAUCUAACGUUGCAAGUGACGAGAUCGCCCAACAUGCACUGCAGCUUCGACAGGAAGCUGAGCGGGUCAGCCGCAGAAAGCUGGCCGACAACCUCGAGGAUGUACAGAAAAGUGAUGACAUCAAAAUCUCCCAACAAUUUAAAGAAUCUGUGAUUCGACCAAUCCUGAAGGCUCAUUUCCGGAGGGACGAGUUUCUCGGUCGGAUCAAUGAAAUUGUGUACUUCCUGCCGUUCUGUCACUCAGAGCUGCUGCAGCUGGUCAGCAAAGAGCUCAGCUUCUGGGCCAAGAAGGCUAAGCAACGCCAUGACAUCACUCUUCAGUGGGAUCGCCCGGUUCUGGACCUGUUGGCGGGCGGGUAUAACAUGCAUUAUGGAGCACGCUCCAUCAAACAUGAGGUUGAGCGGCGGGUCGUCAACCAGUUGGCCGCAGCAUAUGAACAGGAGCUGCUGCCCAAAGGCUGCACCCUGCGUCUGUCUGUCCAAUCAGAGGACCGGGAGGAGCGGGGCUCGCCCACUCUGCGCCUCGAGGUGGUGGGAGAGGACAGCUCGUCGAGAACGCUGGACAUUCGUCCACCGCUCAGCCCCGAACACUAACAAAGCACAUAUGUAUGCAUACACAGACACAGUAUCAUCUUCAUCAUCAGACAGUGCCAGGAGGAUGGAUCGUUCUUGAUGGCUGUUACCAAUAAACGUACCUUUGAUAAACACA